GAAGAGAGAGGUGCAUAAGACAUUUGAAUCCAAUUGUUUUUUCUGUGUUUCCUUUUCUUUCUUCAGUCUGUCUCAAUGGACUUUCAUCUGAAGCAAUGUAGAGAGCAGGAGGAGUCAGAGGAACAACAUUCUGCAAAGAUAUCCAAGUUCUUUCUUCAACACCCAGAAUCCUCUGUUUCCUCUGUUUCCUCUGAUUCCUCUGUUCUUCCUCUCUUCGUAUCUGAUUCCAACAACUCCAAAACUUCAUCAAUCCUCUCGUCAUUUCCCGAUUCAACUCCUUCUGCUAAUACACUCCCAAGGAUGUGGGGUUAUUUCAGUGCUGCGCAAAGGCAGGAACUUGAGCUUCAAGCUCUCAUUUUCCGGUAUAUGUUGGCCGGAGCUGCCGUACCGCCGGAGCUUCUUCACACCAUCAAGAAAAGCCUUCUAUCCUCCACUACUCCAUUUUUUCUUCAUCACCCUCUUCAGCAUUUCCCUCAUUAUCCCACUUCUUUGUUGCAAGCAGGUUACUGGGGCAGAGCCGCCAUGGAUCCUGAGCCCGGCCGGUGUCGGAGAACCGACGGCAAAAAAUGGCGUUGUUCAAGAGAUGUGGUCGCAGGGCAGAAAUACUGCGAGCGCCACAUGCACCGUGGCCGUAACCGUUCAAGAAAGCCUGUGGAAACUGCCACAAUUAACCCCAGCACCACCACAUCGACCGCGGGAGCUAGUGGUGGCGGUGGUGGUUGUUCUCUCAGUUCCAACACCAACCGUGUUGUUGGUGGCGGUGGUCGGCCUUUUCUGGCUGUGGAAAGUGGGAAUUAUUUCUCUUUGUCUGGACAAACCCCAUCCGUCGAUCUUCUCCAUCUUAAUCAACGUUCUUGCUCGGAUUCCUUAUCGGAGCAUAAGAAUUUCUAUGAAUCCCACAAGGAAGCCGUUGCCGGGGACACCAAGUCCGACAGCCAUAUAUUGAGGCAUUUCUUCGAUGAUUGGCCAAGGUCCAACAACAAUGGGAGCGACAAUGUCACCCAAAAAAUGAAGUCUACAUCCGCUUCCACCACUUCCCUUUCGAUCUCCAUACCCGAGAACCCAUCAUCCUCUUCCGACGUGUCGUUGAAAUUGUCGACAGGAGGAAGCUCUGAUCAAGGCGUUGGCCAUCAUAUUCAUCAGGAUGGCAAUUCUGAGCGGGAGCACACGCAUUUGAAUUGGGCAGCUGGGUGGGCAGCCACGCAGAUGGCGUCGAUGGGCGGACCACUGGCGGAGGUGCUGCGAUCGACUAAUAACAACUCGUCGCCAACGAGUAUGCUACAUCAGUUGCAAAGAGCAACGAACUCGGAAGCUAGCUAUAUUAGCACUUGAAGUUUCUCCUAAUUUACAUUGGCAUGACCUCUAAUUGUCGUUUGUUUUCAAUGCUUCUAAUUUGGUUGCUUGGAUGGUUAAUUUAUGUUUGUAUGUGUAAAAAAA